AUGGAUCCAGCCCAGAUCGAAUUUAUAUCAGAAAAGGAAAGCAUCUCGAUAUUACCAAACUUUACCGAGGACAAACUCUAUCUAAUCAGCGGAGAAGUCGGCCCGUUUCAGCCCCAAGUACCGGUAAGAGUGCCACUGUGGUUAGCUGCUAAUCUGAAGCAGAGACAGAAAUGCAGGAUUAUAACUCCUGAGUGGAUGGAUGUAGAGCUACUGAAAGAAAAGAAAGCAGAGGAACUUGAAGGACACUUAUUUUCAAUACCAUUACACCCUCACUUUCUGGAACUCAGCACUAUUAUUCUCGGAAUAUCGGAUGAGGUGAAAGAUGCUGACGAAGUACGGACUCUAAUAAAAGAUAUCUGGGAUGUUAGGGCAGCCAAGUUGCGGAAGAGUGUAAACAAGAUGAUAAACCACGACGGAGGGGGCGGGAAACCGCUCACACAUGUUGAGAUAAACAACAUAACAGUUCUGGAACUGAACACGAUACGGGGUUUCUUCACCGCCUCCCUAGACCACCUACACAACCUUAGAAACCACGCAGAGUUGUGUCUCAACGAUCCUAGAUACAAUUAGUCAAUUAACUAAUUGGUUGAAUAACAACUUCAGAUUUAUAAGUGUAUAAAGCGCUCGAUUAGGAAUCGCUCGAUAAUUCCACAAUUUAGCUCGUAACACACUUAAUGACCACGCAAUUCAAAUUAUCUAGAGUAUAGAGAACUCGUUAACCCUCACUAGAACACACUGCUCCUCAGUCCUCAUGAGAACAAUCUGAAGUGCUAGCUGUAUAAUAAUACCCAUAAUAGCUAACAGCUUUUAAUAUGUAACCGUCACUCGUUAACCAUGCCAUUUGCCAAGUAAAGAACAUUAGACAUUCUUCCAUAUCCCAAUUAUACACGGUGUAUAUUUGUGAGAACCCCUUGUUUUUAGAAUGGCCCAUGAUAUUACUAUUACUAUUACUAUGAUAAUUGAUAUGAACUUGGUGUUUUAGAAGAAUGAAUAAAGCGGGGAGAAGGUGUUAUUUUAAGUGAUCUCAGAGGCUAAUUUAAAUUGGAAACACUCUAGUGGUACAAUGGCAGAGAUUCUUUUAAUUGAACGCUUUUCAGUUCUAACUUAAUUGUCAAUACCCUGGUCCCUGAAGGUUUUUUUUUUCUGCCAUUUCAAGAUAAUAUCUCCAGCAGUAAGGAGUGGUUUGGUGUGGAUUUUACUGUCUUACUGUAAAAAUAGAAGCAGUGAACAUUUUUUUAAAUUUUAAGGCCGUGAUUAUGCCGAGCUCGACUAUCCACUGUGGGAAAGAUUAUGCUGUUUAAGGUUAAUUUUUAUGAACAGAUAAAUGAUUCACGACGCAGUGGAAGCUCACGCUUUAAAUUUUGCAUGGUUGAAUCGGGGCAAUUUUAACCUAGUUGAUAUUUUACGUUCUUUAAAAGUUUGAAGAUUCUGCUAGCAGAAUUAUAUUGUACUGAAUUUUUAAUAUUUAUGUUAAUUUAUACAAUAUUUAAUUUCAAAAUUUGUGUUUUUGAUACUUUUCGAGUCGACGAAAUGCUAGGAUUUUGUUAUGUUAUCUAUAGACCAUACCGUUACCAAAUAGACACUUCCACUCUUUCACGUUAAACUUUUGGAAUUUUAGUUCAGGCUAAAUUUAAUUAGCCUAUAUUUGCAAGUUCGACAGUUGCUAAUUGAACUUCAAACACUAGCCAUGGCAAACGAACGGCCGGCUGAUCAUGCCAGUGACGACGAAGAAGACAACGCCGUCAGACAAGCAAAACCAAAACAGCACGACGCCGGCAGAUCUGACCUCGAAGGAAUCAGAGACUUCCGCGACGAAGAAGUGGAUGUUGGUGCCAUCGACACUUCCAUGCUGAUCAGCAACCACAACAACGCAGAGGCACAGAUCAAGAUAAAGCUGAAUAAAGAAGAUAUUGAUAUGAUAGCAAGUGAGAUGAUGGUCUCGGUUACUGUUGCUGAGAAAUGUUUGAGAGAUCACAAGGGGGAUGUUAAGUCAGCACUUGUUUAUUUAGUCAACUGUUAGAGGCUGCUGGUGUUUUGAAAUUGCUGCUUUGUUUGUAGAUAAAGAGUUCAUUACUGCACUCUGCUUAAUAUCGGGUAGGCUACAACUUUGCUCCGUUUAAAUUUCUGAUCUGCUGGAGCAGUUUCCUUCUAUUUAUAAGUUCCUUAAGUUUUAAUUCUUUAAUUUUCGCUUUUUUGAAAAGAGCUUGGGCGAAUUUAUUUUCAUACCUGAAUAAUUGAUGGAUUAGAAGCUUAUAAAUCAUAUAUCUUUGAAAGUGCGGCUGUUAAUGAUGUUUAUUUUAGAAAGGUUUUUAUAACGAGGUCCGCAUCAGGUCAAAUUUUUAUUUGUUGAAAUUGAAGAAACAUGAUGGUACGAUAUUUAUUGUUUGUCAUCUGCAGUAUUGUUAUUGAUUCAUUUUUUAUUUAACCAUGUACCCUCUGAUCUGGGAAA